CUCUCUCUCUCCUUCUCUCUUACUUAGCCGAGUUUUGCCUUCGAGACUCUGGUUAAAAAGAGUGAGAGUUCUCUCACUCUCUCUGGGUUGAACUUGAGACUGAGAUGAUGACGAAUCUCUUCUCACCUGGAGCUCUCUUCUCUGUGCUCGUCUUUUCGUGCGCCAUUAACUCAGCAAUUGCCACCACUCUUUUGCCUCCCGACGAAGUGGAUGCGUUGAGAGAAAUAGCAGAGAAGUUGGGGAAAACGGAUUGGGAUUUCAACAAAGAUCCAUGCGGGGUCGAGGGUAGAUGGGGAGCCAACAAAACGAUUGAUGAAAAUAGUAAAGAUGCCGUCACUUGCACCGUCGACAACAACAACGUUUCCCAUGUCAUCAACAUAAUUCUUAAGGAGCAGUCACUUGCUGGCACUCUUCCGCCUCGACUGUUCAGAUUGCCUUUCCUCCAGAACUUUGACGUCACCCGGAACUUCCUGAGCGGCACGAUUCCUAAAGAAUGGGGCUCUACGAAGUUGCGCGACAUUUCUGUACUCGGAAACCGAUUGACUGGUCCAAUCCCGAAGGAGCUGGGAAACAUAUCCACACUAGAAGUUUUAGUCGUCGACAUCAAUCAGCUCUCUGGACCUCUGCCUCCCGAGCUCGGGAACUUGUCCCGGUUACUCCGAUUGUGCCUUACGUCUAAUAAUUUCACUGGGGAGCUGCCUCCGAGAUUUGCUGAAUUGACGUCACUACAGGACCUGCGACUUGGUGAUAAUCAGUUCACGGGAAAGAUACCCGAUUUUAUUCAGAACUUGACAAAUCUUGAAAAACUGUUUAUUCAAGGAAGUGGAUUGCAAGGGCCAAUUCCCUCUGGGAUCUCACUUUUGGAGAAAUUGUCCGACCUGAGAAUAAGUGACCUCAAUGGACCCGAGUCCCGAGUUCCACAACUUAGCAGUACAAUUAUUGAGAGACUGAUUCUGAGGAGCUGCAAUCUCACAGGAGAGCUACCUGGUUAUCUAGCAGGAAUGACACAGCUAAAAAUAUUGGACCUCAGCUUCAACAAACUGAGGGGCGAAAUCCCUGGCAACUUUAGCAGCCUGGGAAAAGUAGAUCAUAUUUACCUGACUGGAAACCAAUUGACUGGAGCAGUCCCUGAUUGGAUCCUGGAAGCAGAUAAUAUUGACCUAUCAUACAACAAGUUCAAGUUCACUGCUAGAAACUCAGAAUGUCAACCACGAUCUGAUAUCAACUUGUUCGCAAGCUCGGCGGUUGAUAAUGUAAUGUCAUAUCCUGCCACAAAUGGGCUUGUCUCAUGUUUGAAAAGUCAGCAUUGUCCAGAAAAUCGGUAUAACCUCUUCAUAAACUGCGGUGGGAGAACAGAAAAAAUAGGGGAGAACACGUACAAUGCAGAUGCAGAACCGGCUACUGCUUCAAGGUUCUUCCUCAAUAGUGAAAAUUACUGGGCCUACAGUAGCACUGGUCACUUCCUUGAUGACAAUACUCCUGGAGAUAAUUACAAAGCUGACAAUGUAUCCGUACUGUCCGAGGAUGAUGCCCAGCUUUACAGGAAUGCACGAUGUUCUGCUACCUCUCUGACUUAUUAUGGUUUUUGUCUGAGGGAUGGGCCCUACAGUGUAAGCCUUCAUUUCGCGGAGAUAAUGUUCACAAGCAACGAAAGUCAUACAAGCCUUGGAAGGCGAGCUUUUAAUAUUUAUAUGCAGGGAAUAUUGGUGUGGGAAGAUUUCAACAUUGAGAUUGAAGCAGGUGGAGCUGGAAAGCCGGUCAUAAGAAAUUUUACUGCCAAUGUGACCAAGGGCACUCUGGAGAUACGCUUAUAUUGGGCUGGGAAAGGGACCACUGCUAUACCUAGAAGAGGAGUCUAUGGUCCUCUUAUAUCUGCUAUCUCUGUCUAUCCUGACUUUAACAUCCCACAAGAGUCGGCCAUAAUAUCUGCUGGUACAGUCGUCGGGAUUGUGGCUGCUAUAGUUUUGGUAGUUUUUCUUAUCCUGGUUAUCCUUUGGUGGAGAGGAUGUCUUGGACGUGAAGAUGAAAUGGCACAAGAUUUGAAGGUUCUAGCAUUGCAAAUUGGUUCAUUUACCUUGCGACAGAUUAAAGCUGCCACACACAAUUUUGAUGCUGCCAAUAAAAUUGGAGAAGGUGGUUUUGGUUCUGUAUACAAGGGUCUUCUGUCAGACGGCACCACUAUAGCAGUGAAGCAGCUUUCGUCCAAAUCAAAGCAAGGAAAUCGUGAGUUCGUGACUGAGCUUGGGAUGAUUUCUGCUCUUCAACAUCCACAUCUUGUGAAACUCUAUGGAUGCUGCAUUGAAGGAAAUCAACUUUUGCUGGUUUACGAGUACAUGGAAAAUAACAGUCUUGCUCGCGCUUUAUUUGGUCCUGAAGAAUUUCAGUUAAAGUUGGAUUGGGGGACAAGACACAAGAUAUGUGUGGGUAUUGCCAGGGGGUUGGCAUAUCUUCAUGAAGAGUCAAGGCUAAAGAUUGUGCAUAGAGACAUUAAAGCUACUAAUAUUUUACUGGAUAAGGAUCUCAACCCAAAAAUAUCAGAUUUUGGUUUAGCAAAGCUUGAUGAGGAGGACAACACACAUAUUAGCACCAAGAUUGCUGGAACUUAUGGAUAUAUGGCACCAGAGUAUGCAAUGCAUGGUUACCUCACUGAAAAAGCCGAUGUCUAUAGUUUUGGCAUUGUUGCCUUAGAAGUUGUUAGUGGCCGGAGCAACACCAGUUACCAAAAGAAGGAGAAAUGCUUUUAUCUACUCAAUUGGGCACGAGUUUUGAAGGAGAGAGGAAAUUUGAUGGAUCUAGUUGAUCAGAGGCUGGGUUCUCAUUUUGAAAAAAAGGAGGUGCUGGCGAUGAUAAAUGUAGCUCUGUUGUGUACUAAUGCGACUCCAGCACUCAGGCCGCCGAUGUCAUCUGUGGUUAGCAUGCUUGAAGGCAAGGUUGCUGUUCCAGUGCUGGAUUCUGAAGGCACUAUCAUAACGGAGGAGAUGAUUGAGGCCAUGAGGAAGCAUUUCAAAGGUGACGAACAUCAGGCAGUUGAUGAGAAUAUCACGAAGAGCAUGCUCACUGAUGGGCCGUGGACUGGAACCACUUCUUCUACAUCUGCUAAUGAUCUCUAUCCGAUAAAUCCGGAUACUGAUUACUGGCGGAACAGAAAAUAAGAAAUGGUUUGCUAUGUUUUGCUAUGUUUUGAGUUAAUUUGGUUUUGAAAGAACUAGGGCUUUAUUUGGUAAUCCAUCAAAGGGAACUCUUAAAUUUCCUUCUAAGUUUCUCUUUUGUUCGCAUUUGAAACUGAAGGUAUAGAUACUAUAAAGAAUACAACAACUAUUAUGCGGUGCUGUAAUUGUGUAUUGUAAAGAAAUUAUUGGGGAAAGCCAAAAGAUGCUAGUUGUUUGAUGGUUGUAUUCGUGCCA